AUGUCAGCUCUGUUGGCGGAAGCAACAUCCAAUCAGACAUAUCUCGAUGCUGUCAUCGAGUCAGCUAAUUUUGUGCAGUUGCAUCUUCUCAAUCCGUCUAAUAUCGUAGUCGAUUCUAUAUCAUUGAAAUCAAAUAAUUCUUGCUCCAUAGACCCGACACUGGUCUCAUGCAAUUCUGGAAUCUUCAUUGAAGGACUGGUUGUCCUAGCGGAUAUUACUCAUAAUACUUCAACUGAAUCCUUGUAU